GGAAGUGAACUCAGCAGCAAGCAUCCGAAUCAGCCACGCGCCCGAAGGCUUCGGACACUCAGGAGUUCUGAGGGUGAAAUGACGACACCCAGAAAUUCAAGGAGUGGAACUUUCCAAGCAGAUCCUAUGAAAGGUCCUACUGCCAUGCAUCCUGUUCAAAAAAUAAUUCCCAAAAGGAUGCCUUCAGUGGUGGGCCCUACACAAAACUUCUUCAUGAGGGAAUCUAAGACAUUAGGGGUCAUCCAGAUUAUGAAUGGGCUCUUCCACAUUGCCCUAGGCGGCCUCCUGAUGAUUCACACGGAUGUCUAUGCACCUAUAUGUAUAACUGUGUGGUACCCUCUCUGGGGAGGCAUUAUGUAUAUCAUUUCUGGAUCACUCCUGGCAGCAGCGGACAAAAACCCCAGGAAGAGUUUGGUCAAAGGGAAAAUGAUAAUGAACUCAUUGAGCCUCUUUGCUGCUAUUUCUGGAAUAAUUUUUUUGAUCAUGGACAUAUUUAAUAUUACCAUUUCCCAUUUUUUUAAAAUGGAUAAUUUGAAUCUUAUUAACGUUUCCAUGCCAUAUAUUAACAUACACAACUGUGAACCAGCCAACCCUGCUGAGAAAAACUCUCUGUCUAUACAAUAUUGUGACAGCAUACGAUCUGUUUUCUUGGGCAUUUUUGCUGUGAUGGGGAUCUUUACCUUCUUCCAGAAACUUGUGACGGCUGGCAUUGUUGAGCAUGAAUGGAAACAACUGUGCUCCAAACCUAAGUCUGAUGUAGUUGUCCUGUUAGCUGCUGAAGAAAAAAAAGAACAGCCAAUUGAAACAACUGAUGAAAUGGUUGAGCUGACUGAAAUAUCUUCCCAACCAAAGAAUGAAGAAGAGAUUGAAAUUAUUCCAGUCCAAGAAGAAGAAGAAGAAAUGGAAAUAAACUUUCCAGAACCUCCCCAGGAUCAGGAACCUUCACCAAUAGAAAAUGACAGCAUUCCUUAAAUUAUUUUUUUUUUCUUUCUGUUUCCUUUUCUUAGGCAUUAGAAACUAGUGUUCAUAGCUUCCAAGAGACAUAUCCACCCCCAUUUCCUGAGGCCUUCUGCAAGUAUCCUCCAUCUGUCUCUCUGGCCUUUGCAUGGAGUGACCACAGCUCACUCACGCUCACACUCUCUCUCUCUCUCUCAUGCAGAGAACACAGCCAUUGCAGGCAAAACAUGUCAGCAUGUUUCCUGUCCAGGGCAGCUUACUUACAUUACAACAAGGCGGACUAGGUGCUGCACCGCAUGAUUUCUCACUAGCCUUUUCCUUGGAUAAGGCU